AUGCGUUUCUCGUGGCCAUUGACGGCCUGUGUGCUUUUGAAUCCGGGCCUGGCAUCAGCAACACCAGAGUUCAGCGCUCUCGGCGCUCUUCUGGACCUGAUUUCGUCCGUCCUGGAGAAGUCUUCGCCAGCAACUUCGCUGACGCCGACAAAUCCGUCCACCUACUGGUACGAAUCUAUAAGCCACAACGGCAUCUCCCCUGUCGCGCCCAACGGGACGACCUGGCCGGUAUUCCGGGAUGUGAAGGCUACGUACGGGGCCUGGGGCGACGGCGAGCAUGACGAUACCGAGGCACUGCAGAAUGCCAUCAACGCGGGCAAUAGCUACGCGAAUAGGAGCUCGAACAGCCUGGGGACGACUGGCCAACCCGCCGUGGUCUACCUCCCCAAGGGGGAGUAUCUGGUAGAGAGCCCAAUACAGUUCUUCGUCGGCAUGAUCCUCAUGGGCGACCCCACCGAUCCGCCCACCAUCAAGGCCAGCGCCAACUUCAGCGGCGACUACAUGAUCUACGCCAAGGACCCGUCACAGGACUCCACGACCAACUUCUUCGUCGGUAUGAAGAACGUCGUUAUCGACUCGCAGGCCUUCGACAAGGAUAAGAACCUGACGCUGGUCGACUGGAGCGUCAGCCAGGCGUGCCAGCUCGCCAACGUCCGGUUCGACAUGCCGUACGAUUCCACCGGCCACGUCGGCAUCGACAUGCCACAGGGUGGCUCGGCGUUGAUCAUGGAGGACCUGUACUUCCACGGCGGCAGGACGGGUCUCAUCCUUAACAACCAGCAGUACCACCUCAAGGGCCUGACGUUCGACGGCUGCACCACGGGCAUCCUGGUGCAGCAUUUGUUCAUGGGGCAUUGCCAGGCCUGCUCCUUCUCGUUAUGCGGCAUCGGCGUCGACACGUCGAGCCCGACGAGCGGGGUCGAGAGCCUGGGCACGUUCAUCCUGACCGACGCAAUCGCGGAUAACACGGGCGCGCUCGUCAACACGGCCGCGACCAACGGCAGCUUCGGGUCCCUCGUGCUCGAGAACGUGCGGGUGGACGAGGCCACGGUCUCCUCCACCGUCACGGCGGACGGCGAGGUCGUGCUCAAGGGCAGCGUCGCCCAGGACCACGCCUGGGUUAGGGGAAACUCCUACAGUCCGAGCGGUCCAGGGUCUGGCGUGCUGCGGGUCCCCGGGACGAUGUACCAGACGAAGCGGUCCGCGUCGCUCGUCGACGACGCCGGCAGCUUCCACCGCUUCGCGCCGCCGACGUACGCCGGGUACGACGUCUCGCAGUUCGUCAACGUCAAGGACGUGGCCGAUCACCCCGUGGCGGGCGACGGCAAGGCGGACGACACGGCGGGCCUGCAGGCCAUCAUCGACCGGUAUGCCGGGGACAAGAUCGUGUUCUUUCCCUACGGCAUCUACCUCGUCACCGACACGCUCAAAUUCCCGCCCGGCAGCAGGGUGUUCGGCGAGGCGUGGGCUGCUAUCUCGGCGACGGGCGAUCGCUUCAUCAACGCCGGCGAGCCGAUCCCGAUGAUUAAGGUUGGUGAGCCGGGCGAUGUUGGCGUCGCGCAGUUUUCCGAUUUGCUGUUCACGGUCGAGGAUGUACUCCCGGGCUGCACGCUGCUCGAGGUGAACAUGGCCGGCACCCACCCCGGCGACGUCGGGUUCUGGAACACGCAUUUCCGCGUCGGCGGCGCUGCGGACUCCCAGACCCAGAAGAAAUGCGGCGCGGGCGUGACGACGGACCCGGGCGACUGCAAGGCCGCGUUCAUGAUGGCGCACUUCACCGACAGCUCGUCAUCUUACGUCGAUAACAUGUGGGGUGAGCACCCCCUUCCCUUCCCUUCCGUAAACGUGGCCAACAUGGAGUGUCUUACUGACAAGCAGCCAGCCUGGACAGCCGACCACGACCUCGACGGGUCGGGCAACAACGCGACGAACCCACAGUACGUCUCAGUCGGGCGGGGCGUACUGAUCGAAUCGACCAAGCCGUCCUGGUUCGUCGGCCUCGGCAGCGAACACAACACGCUGUACGAGGUCAACAUACACGACGCCAGCAACGUGUUCAUUGGCUUCCAGCAGAGCGAAACGCCGUACUGGCAAGGCACCAACUCAACCCAACUCGCCCCCGCGCCCUGGGCGCCCCUAGCCCUCCCAAGCGACCCGGACUUCUCCUGGUGCGCCGGCGACGAAGCACAAUGCCGCAUGUCGCUCUACCAGACCAUCACCAAAUCGACAAACCUGAGCCUGUACGCGGGCGGGUUCUGGACCUUCUUCAACGCGAACGAGGCGUGCGAGGACGCCUGCCAGGACGACGCGGUGCGUAUCGACGGCGACGCGAGCACGGGGGUGUACUACUUUGGGAUCGGCGUGAAUAACGUCAGGAAUAUGGUGGUUAGGGCCGGCGAGGCGCUGGUGGAGGCCGUGGAUAAUGAGGGUGGGUGGAAGGCGAAUGUGGCGGCUUAUUUGGCGAAUAUUGGAUCUUGA